CUCAUUCUUUCUUUUUGUCUAUCCAACUACCUUUCAUUCAUUCUUCAUCAAAAUGACCAACUUCAAGUGGAUUCUUGCAGUGGCCGGCCUCCUGUCUGGACAGGUUCUGGCUGCUCCUACUGCCACCGUGGCUAAGCGCGCCACUGUCAGCGAUGCUGCCUUCGGCUACGCCAGUUUGAACGGCGGCACCACCGGUGGAUCCGGUGGUACUACCACGACUGUCUCAUCCUAUGCUGCUUUCACCUCGGCUGUCUCCGGCGAUGACGCCAAGGUUGUCUACGUCGACGGCACCAUCAAGAAGGCCGCCGACCAGGUGAAGGUGGGCAGCAACACCUCCAUCAUCGGCAAGGAUGCCAACGCCAUCCUCGAGGGAUUCGGACUCCUCAUCAAGAAGAAGGAAAACGUCAUCAUCCGCAACCUGGGUGUCUCCAAGGUUCUUGCUGACAAUGGCGAUGCCAUUGGCGUUCAAUACUCCAACAACGUCUGGAUCGACCACUGCGAUGUCUCCUCCGACCGUGACCACGACAAGGACUACUACGACGGUCUCAUCGAUAUCACCCACGGCUCCGACUACGUCACCGUCUCCAACACCUUCAUCCACGACCACUGGAAGGCCUCCCUGAUCGGCCACUCCGACAGCAACGAGUCCCAAGAUAGCGGCCACCUCACCGUCACCUACGCCAACAACUACUGGUACAACGUCAACUCUCGCGGCCCGUCUUUCCGUUUCGGUACCGGCCACAUCUACAACAGCUACUACCUGGAUGUCAGCGAUGCCAUCAACACCCGUGAUGGCGCCCAGCUGCUCGUCGAGUCCAACCAGUUCGUUGACUCCAAGAAGGCGCUUUACUCUACCAAGUCCGGUUAUGCCGUCUCGAAGGAUAAUGACUUUGGUGGUGCCAAGAACAAUGCCGACGAGGGGACUCUUACUUCCAUGCCUUAUGACUACACCCUUUUGGGUUCGGCCAAUGUGGAGGCUGCUGUUGUUGGUACUGCUGGUCAGACUCUUACUUUCUAAGCGUGCCAUGAGUAGUAUUGUUUGGCAUGCCAUCCCGAGAACCAACUACAAGACAAACCCACACUCCCAGUAGUGUGAUACAGUGUCUUGGACAGGGAAAGGCUAUUAGGCCUAUCAAGUACAUAGCUUGAAUCCAAUAUACCAACCAAU